UCAAAGCAACACCAUAGGACAAAGAUUCUCUCAAAAUUUCGGAACUUUGCUGUCUCUGGUACGUUCUCAUCUUUCUCUAUCUCCAAUUUUUGUAACCAUGUUGAAAGAGAGAGAUAUUUCAAGUGAUGGUCUCUGUGUAGGGGAUAACUCUCCGUGCAAGAUCAAAGAGCACAGUUCCGACCAAAAUCUGGAAUACCCAGAUGAAAAAAUCGAAUUUUCCGAAAAGGGUAUCGAUUUUCUGGGAGAUUUAGGGACUGGUCGGGAUGGGUUUCAACCAAAACCCGCAAAAUCUGGGAAUUUUAGCUCCCAAGAACUGACCUUGAGUUAUCUCUGUGAUAAUUCCAAAUUGGGUUUUUCAGAAAAACAGUUUCCUGGAAAAAAUUUACUGAAUUACAAAGGAAAAGAAGUGGAAGUGGUUUCAGUUGAUCAAAAUCGAGAAGAUAAUAGAUGGGUAGAGAGAGAUUUUUUACAAUUGAAUGAGAUAAGAGGACAUUCAUCUAAGAGGGAGAUUGAGGAUGAAGAAAUAAAGAGAGAGCAUAAAGAGAAGAAGAAGCCAAAGGUAGAGACUCUUAAUCUUUCUCUAGCUUUGCCUGAUGUAUCACUCUCUCUAGCACAAAAUUUUGAUCUCCCUGCUCAGUUGAAACCUAGUGGGAGUGUACAAUCUUUGGCGCCAUCAAAUUAUAAUACCCUAACCGCAUACUCUAAUGAUUUUACUGCGGCUUCGCUGUCAUGUUCAUAUUCUCACCCAUUUUCACACAAUCCCAGUUGCUCUCUGACCCGAAACUCAACCGAGAAUUAUGAGUAUUCACCGGGGAGUCAUAGGAGAGAGUGUGAUCAAAUUUGGAAUUGUGGGGAGGGGACUAAUGGUUCAGUUCAUAGUCGAUUUAGACCAAUUGGAGAUGGGGUUGCAUUGUCCAAUCAUGGUGGUGGUGGUUUCUCAUCGAUGCAACCUGUCAAUAAGGAUUCAUCUAACACUCUUUAUCCAACAAUGAGCUCCGAUAAUCAUUCAUUUUUCCCAUCUGAAUUGCCUGCAACGCCUGGGAUGGACACUUGGUCCGGUGAUUCAAGAGGAAACCGUUCUGAGCAUGUAAGAGGCUUGGAGACUCCUCUAGAUGGAGCGAGAGCGCGUAAGAUCUCUAGACCAGAGAGGAUUCUUUGGGAAAUUGUGUCGGAGUCCAUUCCUGUCAUGGCUCAAAUAAUUCAAGAGCUUCCUGAUGAAACAGUGGAAUCCACAAAGGAAUACUUAAAGAAUCUCAUCAGGACACCUGAGAAAAGAGAUGAAUUGUUGGUCUUCCAGAACCGGCUUGAGAGAAGAUCAGAUCUUACCAAAGAGUCCCUCUCAAAGUCUCAUAAAAAUCAGCUGGAGAUUUUGGUUGCAAUAAAAAUGGCUCUUGGAAGCUUCUUGUCUGGCAAAGUUUGCCUUCCCACAACCGAACUAGUGGAGAUUUUCUUACUUGAAAGAUGUCGAAAUGUGAAUUGCAAGAGGUUAUUACCUGUUGAUGACUGUGACUGCAAGAUAUGCUCAACAAAGAAGGGAUUUUGCAGUGAGUGCAUGUGUACAGUCUGUUUGAACUUUGACUGUGCCAACAAUACUUGCACUUGGGUUGGCUGUGAUGUCUGUUCCCAUUGGUGCCACACUGCCUGUGGCAUUCAGAGGAAUCUCAUAAAAACAGGUCCCAGCUUAAAGGAGCCAUCAGGGUUUACAGAGAUGCAUUUUCACUGCCUCGGGUGUGGUCAUGCAUCAGAGAUGUUUGGCUUCAUUAAGGAUGUGUUUAUAUCUUGUGCAAAGGACUGGGGUCUAGAAACCCUGAUAAAGGAGCUUGACUGUGUUAGGAAAAUUUUUCAAGGAAGUGAAGAUUAUAGAGGCAAGGAACUGCAUAAAAAGGCGGAUGUGAUGCUCUGCAAGCUCGAAAACAGAAUGAUGUCUCCUUCAAAAGUUUGCAAUUUCAUCUUUCAGUUUUUCAACCAUACAGAUGGUGUGUCAGACUUUCCUGCUACUAGUGUCCCUUCGGAAGACUUGACAGGAACUCAAGCUAGCCUUAGGAAGGAUGGAGCCCCUCUUCCAGCACCCAAUUCUCUCCCUCCAAACUCUUCCCUUUACAACAUGAGCCCUUCAAGUGGAAGCCAGGAUUUUUUGUCUCGUGAUUUCAAUAAGAGUGGUCUGAAAGUUUCCCUAGUGAGCGAUAAAGUGGAUGAAGAUGAGUGGCUGGUUAAGUUAUCAAAGAAAGAUGGUUUUGACAGCUUGGAAGGCAUUGUACGGAUUAAGGAAGUGGAAGUGAGAAUGUUCCAAAGUCGAGCAGAUGAAGCACGGAGAGAAGCGGAGGGGUACAGGCGGAUGGUGUGGAUGAAGAGUGAGAAAUUGGAAGAAGAGGCUGAGAAGCUUGCCAAAUUCAAACUGUGUUUGCAGGAAACUGAGGAGCGACGAAGGAAAAAUUUGGAGGAGCUUAAGAUUUUAGAACAUUCACAGUUUGAUUACUCCAAGACGAAGAUGAGAAUGCAAGCUGAUAUUGCAGGUCUGUUGGAGAGAAUGGAGGCCACAAAACAGCACUGGGUAUAGCAAUUUUCUUUUCCCCCUUUUUUUUUUCAAGUGAAAUCGAUUUCAGAUAUUUUGGAUUUGGUGUUUCUUUGAAUGCAAAUCAAGUAUUUAUUUAAGUUGUAA